GGAGGGGAUUGGUUGUGCCACAGGGCGUGGGAAAAUCGAAGUGAGCAGCCACAAUUUUGGAGUCGAUCGCGGCGCGGGAGCCGUUGGAGGGUGCAUGAAAAUCUAUCGAAAUCUCGUCAAGGAGCUCAAGCCUGGCCUCACCUCGGCGCCCGCGACCUCCACAUAACCCGGCAAGGCCUCCUGUACUUCCCCUCCAAUCUCGACCAUGUCUCUUCCCUGCCGACACGCUGCGCUGCGCUGCGCCCGGCAGCUGCACGUGUCCAAAGCCCUCGGCGCACCCAGUUACCUCACACAGCAGAGGAUAGGCAGGCGGCACAACACGACCGAUGCGGCGAGCCCCAAGAUUUCCGGGAUUGUGGACCAGAUUAGCCAAUUGACACUGCUAGAGACGGCGGAGCUUGUCACCAGCUUGAAGUCACGGCUAAACAUUCCCGAUAUGCCCGUCGGCGGCUUUGCGGCUGGCCCCGCGCCCACGGCGGCCGCCGCUGCGGCCCCCGAGGAGGCUGACGACGCAGCCCCGGCUGCUGCCGAGAAGACUGUCUUCACGCUCAAGCUGCAGUCGUUCGACGCCGCCGCCAAGGCCAAGAUCAUCAAGGAGAUCAAGGGCAUGCUGGGCCUGAGUCUGGUUGACUCAAAGAAGUUCGUCGAGAGCGCACCAAAGACCAUGAAGGAGUCGGUACCCAAGGAGGACGCGGAGAAGAUCAUGGCAACGAUGAAGGAGCUCGGCGCUGUUGUGACGAUGGAAUAGACCGCCAGGGCCGACAGCCAUUCUUCGUCCGCGGAAACGCAAGCCGGGGGAUGCUUGGGUGUGCCUCUGGCAACUUCGCAGGGGGGUUACAGCCACAACACCAACUGUAGGAACAUGCCAGAUGUAUCAUUACGCUAUAAAGCCUUCUGUGCCCAUAUCCCACCACGCAUGUCUCCUCUUCCUAUCCCCGUUUGGUUAUGUGCGGGGUGGGAUUCGUGUCCCGCAGGUGAAGCCCAUGCCUCCUGAUCGUCCUCCACGAUGUCCGCACCAGAUAGGUACAUCAGCUAUUUCGAAGCUUGGCCAUUGGUCUGCGCCGCGGCCUGUUGGUGCGCGCAUGAUCUGCGAAGCCACUC